AUGACAACGUCUACUUCUACAGUCUCAACUCCUGGCGUGGGUCUUAUAUGGUGCAGUUUAUUGCUGCUUUGGUCAGUUGUGGAGGCGCAGGUUGCUACAUCUGGGUAUGAACUGGCCAUUGUUUGUCACAAGGAAGGGCACCUUAUCGAGGCUCUGGACCUCUACGUAACAAAUACCCUGCUCAACCACUCACAUGUUGACGAAACUGUAGAAAGAUUUCUUAAAAAAGUUAAGAAGGAGAGAUCAGGGAUUGAUGACGUCACUGAAUGGAUUGGUCACCCUAUUAAUGCCUACUUCUUAGUCGAGAGAACAGCAAACGGUUGGAGGGAGGUCAAGCAGUGUAUCGAUUGCAGUACAUGUACAUGUGUUCCUUCCGAGGCUUCUCUGGAUUUUCUGUCGUCAUGGAAAAAUAUCAUAGACGACGAUGGCAUUUGGACAAGAAUUGAUGACGUCAGUAUUGCUGCAAAUGGUCUAGGACGACUUCAUCACACUUAUGACUUGGAUAUCAAAACUCUAAUGUCCGGAACCAUUUCAAACAAAGGUACAUCACCACUGACCACUUCAGAUGUCCUCAAUAUAGCAAAUUAUCUGGAAGAAGAGUUUCAAGUUACAUGGUAUGAAGCCUUACUGGAGGUUGUUGACGUCACCGAGCUGGAGUCAGUUUUUUAUAAUUUGGCUAUUGCCCACCACACGGGAGGAUUCUCAUGGAAAGCACUGGAUAUUCUGACAGAUUUACAGAAGACAAGUCAGUACUGA